UCCGAUUCCUUGUCCCCGCCUUUAACCCGAUCCGUGCCCAAACCCUAACCGUCUAAAACCCCGGGCCCCUCUCCGAUGGCCGCCGCCUCGCCGCCGCCCUCCCCACCCUCCGCCAAGCGCCCCAAGAUGUCCUCCUCCUCCGACCCGGAGGCCGACGCCGAGCCCACCUCGCCCUCCGCCGCCGGCGCCGACCCCGGGCAACCCCGCCGCCCCAGGUACAAGCGCCGCAAGGUCGCCAUCCUCCUCGGCUACUGCGGCGCCGGGUACCAGGGCAUGCAGAAGAACCCGGGUGCGCGCACCAUCGAGGGCGACCUCGAGGAGGCGCUCUACCAGGCGGGCGCCGUGCCCGAGGCCGACCGCGCCGCGCCGCGCCGGUACGACUGGGCGCGCGCCGCGCGCACCGACAAGGGCGUCAGCGCCGCGGCGCAGGUGGUGUCCGGACGCUUCUACGUCGACCCGCCGGGCUUCAUCGACCGCCUCAACGCCCAGCUCGCGCCGCAGAUCCGCGCCUACGGCUACGUGCGCGUCACCAACUCGUUCAACGCGAAGAAGUUCUGCGACCGACGGAGGUACCUGUACCUGCUCCCCGUGUUCGCGCUUGACCCCAGCGCGCACCCGGACCGCGAGGCCGUCAUGGCGAGCAUGGGGAGUGGAAGCGAGCUGACGAAGUGCCUGGAGUGUUCUGAGAGGGGGAGGAAGGUGCCUGGUGUCAUGGGCCGGGAGGGGAAGCCACCCAGCCCCGGGGAGAGUGGCGCUGAUGCUCCCGUGGAGGGAACUGUGGACAAUCAUGACGAAUCUGGAUCGAUUGGGGCUGCGAAAUGUGAUCCAACAAUUUUGGAUGGUGGAAACACCAGUGCCCAUGGGGAGCUUGGAUUGAGCAGCAACGAGAAGCUUGAUUUACCAGUCUCUGGAAAUGGAACUGAUUCUGGAAAUGCUGAGCUGGGAUCAAACAGUGUUGUCGAUGCUAUACCUUCAGCUGAUGCAGAUGCUUCAAUUGGCAAUGAGGAGGAUAAAGUUGAGGCCACAGCUACUGAAGAGAAAGUGCAAGGUAGCAAUGGAGAAGAGAAGCUGCCAACCAAGAGUGACUUCUCUUACACUGAUGAAGUGAAAGAAAGGUUCAACAGGAUUCUCAAGUACUAUGUUGGAACCCAUAAUUUCCACAACUUCACCACAAGAACUAAGGCAGAGGAUCCUGCGGCCAAAAGGUUUAUCAUUUCCUUUGCUGCCAAUCGUGUUGUUAGCCUGGAUGGAAUUGAUUUUAUCAGGUGUGAAGUUGUUGGCCAGAGUUUCAUGCUGCAUCAGAUCCGGAAGAUGAUUGGCCUUGCUGUAGCUGUGAUGAGGAACUGUGCACCUGAAUCCAUUUAUGAUGUCGCCUUUCGCAAGGAUGUCAACCUUAAUGUGCCUACUGCACCUGAGGUCGGGCUGUACCUAGAUGAAUGCAUGUUCACCUCAUACAACAAGAAAUGGAAGGAUUCACAUGAAGCAGUUUCCAUGGAACCUUAUUGUGAGGAGGCUGAAGAGUUCAAGGUCAAGUAUAUCUUCCCUCAUAUUGCGGCGAUGGAACACAAAGAGGGAGCUGUGGCUCUGUGGUUGCACUCAUUGAAUCACAGGAACUAUCCUGAUUUCCGCUACAUGGAAACUGCUGGUGCUGAGGCCAAGAUUGGUGCUGAAGUUGCUGCUGAUGCAGAGGCCAAGGUUGGGGCUGAAGUUGAUAGUAUUGAAGAAGUACAAAUGCCAAACGAUAAUGUAAGUGAGUAAAUCAAUUCUGCCGUGGGGCAUACAAAGCCGAGAGUAUAUCUGCUUCCUGUGUGCACUGAAAGAGGGACCUGAGACACUGCUUGUGGGAUGAAAUAAAGAAUGAAGAUGGUAUAUGUUCUCCAACGAAAUAUGAACAUCAAAAGGCUAAGGUGCAUGGCUAUAUGCAAUGGUGUUUUCUUUAGGCAAUACAUCGCGAUCCCUACAUUGAUCUUCCCAGAAAAGAAUUUAUAGGAUGAUUAAUCUUAUAUCUGAACUUAAUCAAUUGCUUCCAGACAAGUAUGGCAAAUGAUGGUGCCUGAAAAUGCUUCAGCAAUAUUUUUGUUUGCUGAAAUUAUUGUGGAUUCCCUAUAAACUAUAUUUCCUCUUAUAGCAUUCAUAUGUAUUUUCUUGCA